GCAGCUUGAAAGGAGCCAGAAAUUCACCUUGCUCUCAGGCUACCAGCAGACGCCUUUGCUGCCCGCAGGCAGAAAGUAGGAGUUGAUGCUCUUCUGUCAACGUAGUUCCUCCUUUGAGCCUGACUGCCAUGCCUGGGCACUGACGCCUUCGGGUCCUGGUGCUUAAAAUGGCUGAGAGAGGUGGAAAUGAAGAAGUAACUGAGCUGAACAGCUUCCGUAGUCACAGAGGGAAAGACCGGAUAAACCGCAGGGACGAAGGUCUUAUCACGAUCUCAGACUCCUCGGAUGAAGAAUUACCUUUGUUGCUGGAAACGCCUGCAGAGCAGCAGCGUGAGGAAGAUGAUGAUGAUGUAGUCAUCUUGGCAGAGACCCCAAAGUAUCAGCAGCUCCUGCGUCCCAAUGUCAUCAGACCUGCUGCUCAGUGGCAGGGUGCUAACACUGUGGGAGAAGGAGGAUCUAAAAGUGCUGUUGGGCCUUUGAGGAGCACAUAUCUGCAAGAUGAGAACUCAGCUCUGCUGUGCCAGGGAGACCGGUAUAAUCACAUGGUAGAGAGCAGUGCUGGACCAAGUAGGGAUGAGAAUGUGAACUUUGCCUUGCCUGGAACAUCUGAGCUUAAUGGCCCCAAGUUUGAACUUACAAGUAACCAGGAGCCUGGCCCAAGUUUGCUUCCAGCAAUAAAGACAAGUCCACAGCCUGUUGUUACCAGAGAAACCAUUAGUCUGGAGAAUGCAGACCUUCCACUGCAACAGAAAGAAAAGGUGGAAGCCCAGGGAUGGCAAGGAAAGGACGUGGAGCCAGAGCAAAGUCUUGGUGGAACAGCUGCUGCAAGUACCACAGACCAGGAGGUCCAUGAGAAGAGCCAGCUGGGUCACCCGUACUUCCAGCCACUGGAAGGAGAGCCACAUGCUGUAGUCAAUGGAUGUGCUCCUCAGCAAGGGCAGCCUGAAGCAGACUCAGGAUCUUUGAGGGCACGUGGAGAGGAGGCUCCUGGGCCAGCCUUCCCCCGACCUGAACCCCAGCAGGAUGGGAUUCCAGGUCCUGCUUCACCCCAACCGGCUCAUCCACCAGAAGAAACGGGUCAACAGGCAGCGAUAGACAAUGAACAGCCAGGUCCAGCGUUCCCUGCACAGGGCUCUCAGGAACUUGGCUGCAGUAAUGUGCCAGAACAAGGAGCUGCUGGGCAGGACCAAGACCUCACUGUGCUGCUCAUCAGAGAAACAGAAGCAAGGUUCCCAGAUGUGAAGAAAGAAUAUAUUGAAGAGCUAAUCAGCAUCAAGAACUGCAAUGACUUAAAUGUACUUUGUAACUUUCUUCUGGAAAAUCCAGAUUACCCAAAGAAGAAAGGCAGAGUGGUUUUAAACCCCAGCAGCAGCCUGCUUGCCAGCCAAGAUGAGACAAAGGUGCCUAAAGUGGACUACUUUGACUUUUCCAAACUUGCCCCACUCGACCAGCGGUGCUUUAUUCAGGCAGCAGAUCUCCUCAUGGCAGACUUCAAAAUGCUGAGCAGCCAAGACAUUAAGUGGGCGCUCCAUGAACUCAAGGGACACUAUGCAAUCACACGAAAGGCCUUCUCAGAUGCUAUCAAAAAAUGGCAGGAGCUGUCUCACGAAACCAGUGGGAAACGAAAAAGGAGGAAAGAGAUGAAUCAGUAUUCAUAUAUAGACUUCAAAUUUGAGCAAGGGGAUGUGAAAAUAGAGAAGCGCAUGUUCUUCCUGGAGAAUAAGAGGCGGCACUGGAGGUCCUACGACAAGCACUCCCUUCUCCCACCGGUGCUACUGGAGCAGGAGUUCUAUGAGCAGAAAGUUAAAGAGAUGGCAGAGCACGCAGACUUUCUCCUCGCUCUGCAGAUGAAUGAGGAGCAGUAUCAGAAGGAUGGUCAGAUGAUAGAGUGCUGCUGCUGUUACGGGGAGUUUGCAUUUGAAGAGCUCACUCAGUGUGCAGAUGGUCACUUGUUCUGCAAGGAGUGCCUAAUUAAAUAUGCUGAGGAGGCAGUUUUUGGCUCUGGGAAGUCAGAGCUCAGCUGCAUGGAAGGCAGUUGCACGUGUUCGUUCCCCACCAGCGAGCUGGAGAAGGUGCUUCCAGAGAACAUCCUCUGUAAAUACUAUGAGAGGAAAGCUGAGGAGGAGGUGGCUGCUGCCUGUGCAGAUGAGCUUGUCAGGUGUCCAUUCUGUAACUUCCCAGCUCUACUGGACAACGAUGUGAAGCGGUUCAGCUGCCCUAAUCCCCGCUGCAGAAAGGAAACGUGUCGGAAGUGCCAGGGGCUGUGGAAGGAGCACAUGAACCUCACCUGUGAGCAGCUGGCUGAGAAGGAUGACAUCAAAUACAGGACAUCCAUAGAAGAGAAGAUGACAGCUGCCCGAAUUAGAAAAUGCCACAAAUGUGGGACCGGCCUAAUUAAGUCAGAGGGUUGUAACCGCAUGUCCUGCCGGUGCGGUGCCCAGAUGUGCUACCUCUGCCGGGCUGCCAUCAACGGCUACGACCACUUCUGCCAACACCCCCGCUCGCCCGGGGCUCCCUGCCAGGACUGUGCAAAGUGCUCUCUCUGGACGGAUCCCACAGAAGAUGAUGAGAAGAUAAUCCAGGAGAUUCAGAAAGAGGCCGAAGAGGAGCAAAGGAAGAAAAAUGGAGAGAACAGCUUCAAGCGGAUCGGCCCUCCUGCCGAAAAGCCCAUGGAGAAAAUCCAGCGAAUUGAAGUCAUCCCCAGACCUGUUCCUCAGAACCUCCACCAACCCCGGAUGCCCCCUUACCCCUUCGUGCACCCUCCCUUCCCGCUCCCCCCCGUCCGACCCAUUUUCAACAACAUCCCCCUCAACAUCGGUCCCAUCCCUGCCCCCUACGUCCCCCCGUUGCCUAACAUGAGGGUGAACUAUGAUUUCCCCCAGAUCAACGUCCAGCUGGAGCACAACUUGCCUAUGCACUUCGGCCCUCAGCCUCGACACCGGUUCUGACCUGGGGCAAACAGCACUUGGCGUAGAGAGAGUCCCUGCAGGGGAAAGCCACCCCCCUCACGUCACCCCCCCAGCCCUCUGCCCCUCUGGGUUUAGCCAGCUGCAAGGGGACCUGCUCUGACUCAGGCCUUCCUGCUCUGCAGCCCUCUCUAGAGCUUCUCUGAACCUUCUGCGAUCAAACAUUUCAGCCUGUGCUGCCGCAGGGCUCCGGUGCUGCCUUUCCCAGGGGUCUCUCCCCCUACAUUGGGGCAUCCAGAUAUUUGGAUUUGACAAAGCCUGUUCAGGCAGCUGUUGGGAAGGAAAGUGAGACUUUGUGGAGCGUGGGGAUGCAGCCAGUUCCUCGGGGACUCUUCCUGAAAUCCUGCCUUCCUGCUGGCCGGAGCAGCUGCUGCACAGGCAAGUGAGUCCUGGAGGGAGGGAGGAGAGAUUUGGCAUCUGAAUAAAACCUUCAGGAACAAGGUGAUGGGAGCCAGCUGCCCCCUGAGGCACCAGGCUGGGGUUCCUGUGUUCUCCAGCAUCCCUGUUGGCACCUCCCAGCAGAAAGAAGUUGUUCCAAACAAGUAAAUUUAGUGUUUUGAGCGUUUCUCACUGUGCAAACAGAGUGAGGGGAUGCAGCAGCCAUCUCGUUGCUGAGAUCUCAGUAGGGAAGUCCAAAGCCACGUUUGGUCUCUGGGCUUUAGCAAGUAGCAGAUGACUUGGGUGCUCUGUUCUUUGGCUGAACUGAAUUUGCCCCCUUUGAAGGGCUCAAGGUUGUGGUUUGUUGUUUUGGUUUUUUUUUUCCCCCAAGUGGGUGCGUUUGCUUUGCUGUUCUCAUCUGACAUCCCAAAUUGCCCCCUGCUCCUGGCAGCACUCCUCAGGCAGCUGCUAGAAGCAUCAGAGACUCAUUUGCACCCUUCUUUGCAACAACUGCUUGGGCAAAUCCCCAGUUGGAGGCGUGGGCGGUGGUGUUUGGUGUGUGCUGUGGCAGAAAAAUUGAGAAGCACCAGCAGGGAGCUGGGGGGGCCCCUGAGCUGAGCCCCUCAAACCAUGGGGCAGCUGGAGCCUUCUGCUGCAGGAAGCUGGCUGCUUCCGCGGCGCUUCAACUCCGAAAAAAAUGUGUCUUUCAGUUUAAUAGACUUUGGAAAAGCACGUUUUAAAGGCCAGCGUUGAGUUUUGCUGGGCUUAGGAAGUGAGGAUUUAGGAGAAGCAAAAACUUUCCUUGGAAGAAGUCAGGGGGAGGAGGGGGGGGAUGUAGUUGCUGGGCUGCGGGAGGAGCGUUGGCACAGAGCCCUUUCCCCACAGCCCUGGGCUGUGCUGUCUGGUGCCACCCCCCUCUCCAGGAGAGAAAAUGGUCAGAAAGGCAAAAAAAUAAAAAUAUCCUUCUCCUGGAAAGGCUGGGCUGGUUUUCAGCAGCCCAGUUGUGCUGCCGUUCUCCAAGUGGCUUGGUCUGGGCUGCACCCUGCCCCGUUCCUGCUGGGAACCCACUCCCUGCACUUCUCCUUUUAUUCCCCCCCCUGUGUUUGAGCAUCUGGGUGUCUUUUGGUUUUAUUUGGUUUCAGAUGAAUCUCCCUGUUUCUGCCAGACCUUUGCUUGCAGCUCUCCGUGACCGCUCUGGGCUCAGCAUCUCCUCGGGCGGGCAGUGGGAUGCUCCUGGAGAGAAGUAGCCUCCUCCAGGGAGAGCUUCUUGUCCCCAGGAGGGGCUCAGAGGGGACUUCCAAUGCUUUUUGGAGCUGAGUCAGCAAUUUCUCCACUCUUUCUUGCCCGUGUGUUGAAGAUACCCUGCGGAGUGCUCUGUUCCAGCCCGAGCUCUCUCUGGCAUCAAUAGCCGGGCACUAUUCCCUUGCUGCUACCAUUGGCUUGGUUUAGUUUAAUUUAUUUCUGGAGUAGUCUGGGGGCUGCAGGAGCGUGUUGCUGGCUGCUGGGCUGGGUUUUAGCCAGGUUUAAACCCCGCCUUGCACCAAGUCAUUCCUGCAGUAGCCGGGAGCGGGGUGUCCCGAUGGAUUUGGGAAGGGCUGCGUUGGGAGAAAACGGAUCCAGGUCAGAAGAAGCUCAGGUGGCUUCCCCAGAUGGAAAUGGCAAUCCUGGUGGUUUAAUAGCCAAGAUAUCGGGCUCAAGGGCUGGUUUGGAUGAACCCUCCAGGCACGUGCCUUUCUCCAGCAAGGGUGGUCAUGGUUGUCCCCCAGCACCUACCUGUGCAAAGAGGGGGGGUCACAGCUGGGACACAGCUCAGCUGCUGAAUUGGUGGCCCAAACUACAAAGGAAACAUGAAUUCAUCACCCAGCACUCCGUAGCUGGGAGCAUGGUCCAAAAACGAUGGUCUAAUCCCAUCUUUUGGUGCGUGGGGGGCUCAGGAGCUUGGCCUUGGCAGAGGGAAGCGCAGAGACGGAGCGAGAGGGAUGGAGAAGUGUUGUGCAGAGUUGGCGAGGGGAGGUUGGUGUCUGUGGUCCAUCUUGCUUAGGAUGUGAGUGUCUUCUGCUGCUGUGGUGAUGGCCCUGGAGGAGCCCAGCAGGUGGAGGGGGAGAGAGGACCACCGUCCCCAUGUCCCCUGCAAAACCGUGAGCUGGUUUGUGUCCUGGAGAAGAGAAAUUGGUGUUUGGUCCGUGAUGGGGAGCAGCCCUGAGCCAUGGGGUGACACUGGGCUCUCGGGGCUGCUCCUCCCCUCCAGCCCCAGAGACCUCCAGGUGUGGUUUCUGAUGGCGCUUGGCUCUCUGCUGAUUUAUUUAAAAAAGGAAGGAAAAAAACCCAACUAAAUUUACUGCACAACCACCAGAGCCACCCGUGAUCCCGUCUCCGGCGCCUGCAUCCCGUUUUCCUGCCCCUCAAUCCCUGAAACCAUUUGCAAGGGGACAAGGAGGUCGCUGUGCCCAGGCUGAUCCCACAACAGGUACUUCUUCAUGGUUAAUUGCAGUCUCCCAUUUUACUUGCCUUAAAGGGUGGAGAGAGAAACUUAGUAUUUGCACUUAGCAAAACAUUAUAUUAAAAGAAAGAAACCCUGUAAAGAUGUGCAUGUUCUGCAACUUUGUAUAACAAUAGCUGCAAAUACAUAGGUGGUUUAUUAAAAAAAAAAGAAAAAAAAAAAGAGAGAAAAAAGGAAACAAAAAAUAUUUUUCUUUACCUUCCGGUAGUAAACUGUUCUAAUAUUCUGUGUGUAAAAAGUUUCCUGUAUUAUAUUGUAAUUUGAAAUUUUUUUUGUAAAUAAAUUUGUGCACUCUGGCCUUUA